AAAGACGCUUGCGCGUGCGCACUAAAGCCAAUGUCAGCCCUUUUCUGUUUAGAGGUUAGGAAUCUACUACCUUGUAUGGUGGGUUUCCCGCCCUCCGCCCCGUUUGAAACGGGCCCAAAGUGAAUGCAAAGGCUUUUCUUCCAGGAGGAGGAAGGAAUCACUGCUUAGUCUGUAAAUUGGUGAGAGUAUUGCUAUUCUCAUCAGUUCAGCCAACUUAAUGCGUUUUGGGGCAGUGACCUUUGCCCUCACCCCACCGCCUGUUUGGCUGAUCUGAUUAGGACCAGGCCCACUUGCACAGGUGGUGGUGUGGUGGUGGCACCGUUGGGCAGAAGACCUCUGACCUGGCUGCUCAGGCCAAGGCUCUGACUGCAAGGAGCCUCCCCCCCCCAUCCCCGUCCAGGGACGGAUUUUGGCCUCCAUGGUGUGUCUUUGGAAGUCUUUGACUUGGUUGCUUUGAAGAAAGAUGUGCCCUGUUACUUGCAAAUUAGGGUCAUUUUUGAAAGCCUUUGGAAAGGAAGCUGAACAUGCCUGACUGGUAAAACUUUGAACUUUGCUAGAAUGCUGUGUGCAGUACGGUUAGCCUUAGGGGCUGGGGUUGUAGGGUUGCCAUCCCGUGGCAAGGCCUCCCUCGCUGCCAGAAUGGUGAAAUACCGGAAGAUGCGGAGACCAGUGGAGCCACAGAACUGGACGGUGGACUAUCGGGAGAGAUAUAUCCCCUUUUCCAAGGACUACCUGGUUGAUGCUCUAGUGAAGGAGUUCCACUCUUCUAGUCAAUCAGAUCGCACCACUUUCCUGGCAUUUGUCUCUCAAGUGGACUCGUCCCUUCUUUACCGUUACCACUCCAUCCUAGAGCAAUUACAGGCUCUGUAUGCUCCUAUUAAUCCCGACCAGGACACACUGGAGGAGUUCUCUCUGACUGAUGCUGAGCGGUUAGCAAAAGAACAGGAAGUUUUGGCCAGGAUGGAUCCAUUGCUGGACCAGGCCAACUUCAACAGUUUGUCAGAGGAAACCCUGGCCUAUGCCCUUGUGGUCCAGCAUCCUCACGAUGAAGUCCAGGUGUCAGUAAAUCUGGAUCAGUAUGAAUACAUAAGAUUCUGGGCUCUUGGCCAACGGUUUGGACCACUGAGUGUGAUGUCUACGCUUCAGAACCAGAGGGGGUUAUUUGGCACAUCUUGGGUUCCAGCAGACAGACAGUACUUCAAACGGGUGGUGGUGGCUGCCCGGAUUAAGAAUGCUCAGCUCAUGCUUAAAUGCUUUAAGGACAUUCCCCUGGAAGGCCUGGAGCAGUUGCUGCCUGCGGUCAAAGUCCGCACCUCCAUCUUCUACAGGGCCCUCCUCAACAGCAUGCUGAUAGUGAGCGGCUUGGCCUUCUUCGUCAACGUGGGCAUGGUGGUGCUUUCUGACCUGAAGAUUGGCACCACCUCCCUGCUGCUUUUCUUCGCUGCCUUUAUGGCCUUCCGGGCUUGGAAGGUCUUUGGCCAGCGCCGGAAUAUCCACUCCCUUGAGCUGGUGCACAUGCUGUAUUACCGCAGCACAUCCAACAACUCUGAGCUACUGGAUGCCCUUGUUCUGCGUGCCCAGGAAGAACAUGCCAAGGAGGUCAUCUUGGCACACAGUUUCCUCCUCCAGCUGCAGCAACGCUAUCACCCCCUGGACAUAGACUCCAGAACCAUUGAACACAUGAGGCAAGAGGUUCAGGCUUGGCUGCACCUCCGCUCUGGUCUGGAUGUAACCUUCUGUGCCGACCGUGCCUGCAGGCAUCUCAGGGAACUGGGAGUUGGGGCAGUGGGCUCUCCCGCAACGGGGACCCAUCCUGUGACUGGUUAGGAGCUUCCUAGGAUUGUUCUGGCCAGCACUUUUGUCAGGCCUCCUGCUAAGGCCCCUAAUGCUGAGCAUGCGGGGCUUUCAAGGCACAGGCAGGGGAAUUCUUGCUUCCCAUGGCAUUAUGGGAGCUGUGCCCAGGGCUGCAGUUGUCGAUGCUGCCCAGAAACCUCAGGGUUUCUGCUUCUACUACUGCUGCUGUAUCUCUCCUGGAUGUGUAUGUUCCUACAGGAAUCCAUGUUGGAAGGAAACUCAAGCGUGUAACACCAUAAGAGGUGUAAAUAUCACCUGGCAUACAACAUUCAACCUUAUUACAAGGGGGACAUGUUACACCUCAGACUCAACUAUUUGGAAGGCUGGGGGGGGGAGCUUGUUUUUAAAGGUUUCCCUGUUUUUGCAAAAACACUUUUAUUAUAUGCUGCUGCCUUUCCGGGGGGGGGGGGUCUGCCUGUUUUUUCUUGUAUCUGAGGAAUGCGGGGAUGAAGUUCCUUGCAGGGCUGUUUACAUUUGAAAUGAGAAUGGCAUAAAGUAAUGAAUUGCUUGCGUUUAGGGCAAGAUGGGGUUUUAGAAAUAUUCCUUUGCUCUGCUGCUUGGGGGCUUUAAAAAACAUUAAAUCACUUCUAUAGCACUUUGAAAUUCACAGUAUAUUUGAAGACUAUACUACGCACUUGGUUUUCAAUAUUUGAAGACUAUACUACGCACUUGGUUUUCAAUAUUUGAAGACUAUACUACGCACUUGGUUUUCAAUAUUUGAAGACUAUACUACGCACUUGGUUUUCGUUUUGCCUGUUUUAUAGAGACCACGGAGGUUGAGACGACACUCACAUUGCAUGGUCUUGGACAACUCAGUAAGUUCAUGCAGUGCUUUGACUUGUUAGGGAAGGGCACUCGGCACGUUUCUAGAGUCACUUCUCCAUAUUAUUGCCCCCAGAUGUUCCAGCUUCAGGCCGCUAUACUGAGAACAGAUUUGAUGCCUUGGAACAAAUUUACGUUUGCGAGUUAAUGAAUGAAUUGAGAUUUAAGCCUAGGGUUUCUAUGUGUUUUUUAAGUUCCAGUAUUGUACUCACUGAACCACACUCUCUUUUGUUUUCUGGUUGUCAAUUGGUCAACAGUCUACAGUUGAGGUUUGGAGUUCAGAAACUUGCACAAAUAGUAGGAAUUAUUGGGAGGGCUGUUGCUGAUGGAUUUUGAAGUUGAGGCAUCUGCUACCUCCUAUUAAUGCAUGCAAUAAGGUCUUAAUUCUACCCUCAUGGAGGGUACCUGACUUCUGCUGCCUCCAUCUCUAAAUGUAGUGCAUGUAUGUUCAGUGUAUGUAUGUGUGCUUGGGGGAAACGACUUCACCCUAAUGAAUGCCCUUGUAACUGAGCAGAUGUGAUAUUGUUCACUGUUUCUUGUGUUAGACUGGGGGCCAGCUUGCCCCCCUGAGAGGUCUCCUGUCCUUUUUUUUUUAUGGAGUGCAUGUACCAGCCAUGCAGUCUCCCAUCAGCCAUGAUGCGGUAUUUGAAGUAGCACCUGCCAGCAAAACCUCAAAUUGUUGCAAAUAUGAGCCAAAUGGAGGCUGUUUGUGGACCCUGGUCUGCUGUUUCACAGUCUAAAAGCAACAACAGGGCAAUGCCUCUGAUAUUUUACAUGGUAGCAUUGCCCUGAUUUUCACUUUUGAUUUCUUCCCAUCCCCAAGAGAGUGCUACCUGAAGUUUUUGUCUCUUGUAACAUGCCUAAACAGCACUCUUAAGUACAGGUGUGUGUAGUGUGAGAAGGCCCUCUAACAACAGCUUGUUCUGAGUUUCUCAUGCCCAAAGUGAGCUCUUAGUCUUAAAAUAGCAGUGGUUGGAGGUGGUUUUUUGUUUUUGUUUGCUUGUUUAACCCUCCAACCAUGUUGGAAGUCAUUGUGGCUCAGGGGAAACUGCAUGAAUGUCUGUAUCUUCGGCGCAAUAAAUAAAUAUUUUCCCAUAU